CGCAGUACUACACUUUCACCUCUUACUCACACCCACCCCCGUCUCUCCCUCCCUCCCUCCUUCCUCGGGCGCCAAAGCUCCGCUUGUGAAUCAUCCUUCAUUAGUGCCCUCUCACAUCUCUAUGCCUCUUCACUUCCGGUCUCCAAGCUCCAAUCCGCCGGCUCCGCUUGUUCCUCUCUCUCUCGCUCGCUCUCCGGUGCAGAAAAAAAAAAGAGAGAGAACGUCUCUCCGAACAUCCGUCCUCUCUCCUGUUCCCUCUAUGAUAUCUUCUUAAAGCUAUCUCGUCAUCCUCCUCCACGAGUGGGCAGGGGCAGGCUGGCGAUUCCUUCUUCCUCUCUCUCUUUUGGAUCGUACCAAGCUGGAGCCGAGCCGGGGGGGCGGCGGCGGGGGAGGGAAGAUGGCGCAGGCCUUGUCCGAAGAGGAGUUCGAGCGCAUGCAGGCCCAGUUACUAGAACUUCGAACACAGAAUUACCAGCUCUCUGAUGAACUCCGCAAGAACGCAGUUGAAAUAAAUGGGCUCCGACAACGGGUCUCCUGUUUAGAUAAGGACUUUGCUAAGGCUCAGAAGGCUCUGAAUAAGAGUAAAAAAGCUCAGGAGGUGGAUGCACUGCUUAGUGAAAAUGAAAUGCUUCAGGGAAAACUGCAUAGCCAAGAGGAUGACUUCAGGCUGCAAAAUAGCACUCUCAUGCAGGAGCUCUCCAAGCUGUGCUCGCAGAUUGAGCAGUUGGAGAAGGAUAAUCAGAUUCUUCGGGAAGGGAAGACAGCAGUAGCCAGCGAAGAAACGUUCCCAGCCAGCUCCGUGGAUGGCGAGCUGUUAAGGCUACAGGCAGAGAAUUCUGCCCUGCAGAAGAACAUGGCAGCUUUACAGGAGCGCUACGAGAAGGAAGUGGCCCGGCAAGCAGAAAACCGAGGUGGCGGGAAAGGUGAUGGUUCUCCGGAGCCUUGCCCCUCCGUGCCAGAGACGACUUCAGAACGGCCGGCCGUUGACAGUGGCGGUAGCAGUGCCAUUUCACAGCAGCUUCUCUCGGAGGUGGAAUUGAAACUGCAGACCGAGAGGGAGGAGAAAAUACUGCUGAAGGAGCAGCUGCAGAGCCUCGAGGCAUACAAGACAACAGAGACCUCCCGCCUGCAGCAAGAGCUCUCCAAGUUUAUGGAGAAGCUUAAGAAGAAACAAGAGAGCUUUGUGCGCCUUCAGACAGAAAAAGAAGCUCUCUACAAUGAUAGCAGGACCAAAAUUGAGGAGAUCCAACAACGGAAGGAAGAGGAGCUCAAAUCUCUGAAACUCCAUAACCAGAAGCUGCAGCAAGAACUCCAGUCCACAAAUCAGGGCUUCUUGGAAUUAAAGGGCCAAUUGCAGAGUGGUCAAAAAGAACAUGAACUGGCUCUUCAGACUCUGCAGGACCAGAUCCAGACAUCUAAGACUCAAGAAAUGAAUCUGAUGCGAGAACAGGUGGCAGCUUUGGAAGAUGAGCUGCAGCAGCGUCAGAAUGAGAAGGAGGCAUUGGCUGCCCAGCGGGAUGACUUCAACACACAAUUGCAGGAGUCACUCCGAGGCAAUACUCGUCUUAUGGAGCAAGUUCAAGAACUCAGGCAGGAAAAGGAGAGAUUAUUACAAGAGCUUGAUGAAGUACGGAAGACAGCAGAGAAACGCAAGGCCAUGCUGGAUGAGAUGGCCAUUGAGACCCAGCAAGAAAAGGGACGCCACAAGGAAGAGCUCGGUAACCUCCGUCUGCAGCACGAGAAAGAGAUGCUGGCUGUGAGGGCACGCUAUGAGCGGGAGCUGCGGGAGCUGCACGAGCACAAGAAACGGCAGGAGGACGAGCUGCGUGGCCAGCUCAAGGAGGAGAAGGCUCGUAGUCAAGAACUGGAAUCCAUGCAACAAACUGUGGAAGAGCUACGGCUCCAGAUCCAAUCCAUGGAUGGCACCAAGGGCUGGUUCGAACGGCGCCUUAAAGAGGCAGAGGAGUCGAUAGAGAAGCACCAGCAGGAACACAUGGAAGCCCUGAGAAUCUGUAAGGAGCAGCAUGCAGCUGAUUUACAGCUAAAAGACCAAGAGGUGGAGGCAACUAAGGAAAAACUGAGAGAGAUUGAAAAAGCCAGGGAUGAGCACAUGGACACAGUCAACCGGCUGAAGCAGGAAGUGAAGGACACAGUAGAUGGGCAACGGAUCCUGGAGAAGAAAGGAAGUGCAGCAUUGAAGGACCUCAAAAGACAGCUUCAUCUAGAAAGGAAGCGAGCAGAUAAACUUCAGGAGCGCCUGCAGGAAAUCUUGACCAACAGCAAGAGUAGGACAGGGAUCGAGGAUCUUGUCCUGGCAGACAUCAGUUCCCCCAGCCGGACUCAGACGGGAGACAGUAGCAGCAUCUCAUCCUUCAGCUACCGUGAAAUCAUGAAGGAAGGAUCCGUGGCUGGCAGUAACAAGUCCACCACAGGAAGCCCACAGUCACAGUCGCAACCUCCACGGCCAGCCGACCUUUCAGACGAGGAGAUCUCAGAACUCUUCCAGCGGCUGGCUGAAGUUCAGCAGGAGAAGUGGCUCUUGGAGGAGAAGGUGAAGCACCUUGAAGUCAGUAGUGCCUCCAUGGCUGAGGACCUAUGCCGGAAGAGUGCCGUUAUUGAGACCUAUGUGAUGGACAGCCGCAUUGAUGUGUCUGGGGCUCAUGGGCAGGUCGAUCGAAGUAGCCUAAGCAGCGUCCUGCGAGAUCUGGUGAAGCCAGGAGAUGAGAACCUGCGGGAGAUGAACAAGAAGCUACAGAACAUGCUGGAGGAGCAGCUCACCAAAAACAUGCACUUACAGAAGGAUUUGGAGGUCCUUUCCCAGGAGAUUGUCCGUCUUAGCAAAGAGUGUGUCCCGUCCCCCGAUGCUGAACCUGGCCUGGAUGAUGCUGUCUGAGCCCAGUUCCACCUGUGAUGCCGUCCUCCGUGCUUGGCCCUUGGCUGCGCUGCUGGUGUGUGCAGGGGUGGGUGGGGAGGGGUAGAGAUAUUGGAACUUUCCGCCUCCCCUCUCUCUGGUCGGACCAUUCCUUUCAACUGUUAUCGGAGGGGGCAGGCAUUUAAACCCCGCUACUCUUUCCCCCUUAGCGGAGCACAAACAGCAGCUUCUCCCUUCAUCACUGUUCUACUCAGGCCUUCCCCCCCCCCAAACAGAUUGAUUUCUUUCGAAUCAUGCACCUACUGAUUACGCUGCCUGCCUCUUCGUGGACCUGCCUUUGCUGCCCCGUAAGAACCCCUGGCAGCAGUAGCCUCUCUGCAGUUGGCACUUUUUUAAAAAAGUUGCAUGGCCCAUUGCAGCUCUCUUUUCGAGGUUGCCAGUUUUGAAACUGCCUCCCUCCUUCCAAGGUUGUCAUCCCUGGUCCUGAGGAGUUGCCCCAUGGAGGAGGAGGAGGAGGAGGAGGAGGAGGAGGAGGAGGAGGUGGUGGUGGUGUUCCUGCCAUAAUAAAGCUCCAUAAUCCAUUCUCAACGUAUAGCAGUCCUGGGAGUAAAGUUCCCUUUCCUUAAAAGCCUCUCUCCCUGCCUUCUACUCUGCAAGCUGCAUUUCUGAUUCUGUAGCUUCUUCUGAGUCAUAGUCAUACCACUUCCCUCAUUUUGCAUGUCUGGUCAGUUCUGAAACUCCCUGUUUCAUAUAUAUAUAUAAGAUUCCCUCCCUCUCGACAGCAGGCGAGGCGGACAGCCCAAGUGAUACAGCCCAAAAGCACUUUUACACGGUUGCAACUGUGCCCCUUUUUCCUAUCAUAGAGGUGGAGCAAAGGCAACCUGUGUUUAUUUAACACAUCAGUGACUUGUACAAGUCGAGUAACUGUUGAGUAACUGAUAAUGCAAAGAAUAGUGGGUUGGGGUUUUUUUGUUUUUGGAAGGGAGUGGCUUUUACUCUGUGUGAACCUUGUUUUGAAAUGGGCUUAAAGAUCUGAAUUGAUAGGUACUAUUCUAGUAGACAUACAUUGGAGAGGUCUUUCCCCAGGCCAAGGUCAUGUUCCAUCUUCCCAUCCUUUUCCUAAGCCCAGGGUAGGCAAAGGGUAGCCCUGGGCCUAAUUUCAAACCAGACAGUUCAGAGCUCGGGCAGAUGUGAUGAUGCUCCUUGUUUGGUAGCUCGCUGGAUGGGAAGAAAAAGAGGUAUUCAGUGUGGGGAGAGAGAGAGAACGGAGCUUCCACCCAUUUGGGUCUCUGACUUGAGCUGGCCUUAGGCUUCCAUUAUGACCCACCAAAGACUAGGCCUAAUAAAGACAUGCCGAUUUACCUCAGUGGGUAAAAGACUGCCCAUCCCCCACUCUGGGUCCUUGAUCAGAUUGGUUCACCGACAAAUGCGCGCGUGACAAAUGCGCGCACGACAAAACCGCGGCGACAACACCGUGACGUCAAAAGCGCGCCCACAACAGCGCGUCAACAAAUGCGCGCCGACAAAAGCGCGCCAUCCACAAACAACAUAUUGGGACACGAAAACGACGUUAUAACCAUAACCAUAACCAUAACCCUAACAUAAAAACCCUAAUCACGGUUUUGUGGGCGCGGUUUUGUCGGCACGCUGUUGUGGGUGCGCUUUUGUCGCCACGGUUUUGUCAGCGCGCAUUUGUCGGGUCACGGAUCAGAUUUAGCCGUAGAGUCUCUGCCAUCCUCUGCUCAUUGUAGCUCUUAGCUCUGCCCUAGUCACCUAUGGCUCUGUGGCAAAAGAGGACUAUUGGUGUUUGGGGCUCGGAAAGUGUGUCUCUGCUUGCUGGUAGAGCAUUUCAGAAAAGAUUGGGGUCCUUGUUGUGCUGUUUGGCCAGUCCUUGGACAUACUACUCAGUGCUAAUCCAGCAUUUUGGAGGGGGAGAGGAUAGCUUAGGAAAUAACAUUGGGCCUUUCUUUUUGGGAAUUGGCAAAAAAAGGCUUUCCUGUGCAGUUUCUCAUCCCUGGGAGCUCCAUACAAAGGAAGCUUUGAUGGUACUCAGGAGGACAGCUGGUGGGGAGGUGAAUCCCUCCUUCCUGUGGCUGCAGUAAAUGACAUGGAUUCAUUUUAUCAGCAUUUAUUUAAGAAGAAACUUAGAAUCUGUCAGACUUCAUUGCAAUAAGCAAAUCAAUCCAAACAUCUAAAGAAAUGGUUUGCCCAGGAUUUUCCCCUUAGGUUCUUGGGCCUUUAAUUUGGGGAGGGGGAGAAGCAAUCUGUGACCUUCCUGCUGUUGUUAACUACAGCCCCCAGCAUCCCUCGCUAUUAGACAUGCUGGCAGAGGCUGCUGAAAGUUUGAUCGUGGAGAAGAUCCAAGUACUCACCAAUGUGCAUGAAGGGAUCACACUCAGUAAUUCUGCUAUAAGGAAAUAUUAGUUUAUUUCAUCUCAGCAUUUUUCAAAUUCACCUUUUUAUAUUUAUUCAAAAGCUGGGGGACAAGUGGCAUGAGGCUUAAAGGAACACAGGGUCAUUUUCUUAUCAGAAAGGUCUUGAAUUUGAAACCCAAAGACCAAGGCUAUGAAUCAAAACUCUCUGCCUGUAUGGAAGGUUGUGCCCAAACCCAUCCUUACAUCUAGUUUUAGAAAAGAAAAUUAUUAUUUUUUGCUUUCCAUGAGCUUUUUCUUCCACUUACCAGAUCACAAAUGAAGGACUCAAGAAAGUAGCAAUUUAGGGAGAAGGAAAGAGGUUCACGAAGCUAUAUAUCCUUGACUGAAGAUUUUAUUUUUUUGAAAUUAUAAUAAUUAUUCUCAAUGCUUCUGGGCAAUAGAAUCUUUGCUCAAUCUGGAGUGGUGAAACAAAAUGAGCCAUUUUUUGAAUGAACUAAAACAUAUAUUCUCCUACCUGCCUAUGUACUCCAAACCCAAGUGCAACUUGUUCUUACAGUACAGGCAAUCCUCUGUUAACUAUCCUGUUUAACAACUGCUUAAAGCUACAAUGGUCCUAGAAAAGUAACUUUAUGACAUAGAAAUGAUGCUUGUAAAGUAACCUUAUGACUGGUUCUCAGACUUAUGACAGAGUGACUUACAAGUGUUGCAGCAUCUCCCCCCCUUCCACAGUCACAUGAUCACAAUUUGGGUGCUUUGCAAUCAGUGUGCAUUUAUGAUUGUUGCAGUAACCCAUUGUCACAUGAUAGCCAUUUUGAUACAUAUGCUAAAAAGUGUGUGUGUGUGUGUGUGUGUGUGUGUGUGUGUAUAUAUACAUACAUACAUACAUACAUACAUACAUACAU